AUGAGAGAGAUCUGCCGACAGCCUUUUUGCACUAAAAACGAGAAACAUCUCCUAGUACUGUCGCGAAAGUUUGCAGUGUUCCUUAAGUCUGCGAAAGUUGAACCCAUUUCUCAGGAAAUAUUGCACCCAUCUCGUGCAGUGCAGGUUCGUGUCGCGUUAAUCUUCAUCGUCACCACUGAGUCAGCUUCGAGCUGGACAACGCAUAUGGAUUAUGCAGCACGUGACCGGCGUGGGGGCCCAGUGACGUGGCGUCCAGUCAAGGACUACGACCGUCUGCCUAUCGCUAUGUUUGUUUUAUUAGGCAGGUGA